GCUCCCUCUACACAGCAAACGGCACACCACUCACCUCGCUGCCGAUCUUUCUUCCCUUCCCUUCCUUCCACCUCGGCUAGCUAGCUAGUUAUUACCUUAGCAUCCCACCACAUCACACCAAGGUCACGCGGCGGCCGGCAAGAAUGGCGACGCACCACCUGGCCCAGGGCCACCCGCAGGCGUGGCCGUGGGGGAUGGCCAUGUACACCAACCUGCACUACCACCACCACCAGCAGCAGCAGUACUACGAGAGGGAGCACCUGUUCGAGAAGCCACUCACGCCGAGCGACGUGGGCAAGCUAAACCGCCUGGUGAUCCCCAAGCAGCACGCGGAGAGGCACUUCCCCCUCGGCGGCGGCGACGGGAACGGGAACGAGAAGGGCCUGCUGCUGGAAUUCGACGACGAGGCCGGCAGGCCGUGGCGGUUCCGCUACUCGUACUGGGUCAGCAGCCAGAGCUACGUGCUCACCAAGGGCUGGAGCCGCUACGUCAAGGAGAAGCGCCUCGACGCCGGCGACGUCGUGCGCUUCGACCGGGUGCGCGGCGCCGGCGUCGGCGCCGCCGACCGUCUCUUCAUCUGCUGCAGGCGCCGCGGCGAGAGCGCGGCGGCGGCGUCGGCGGCGGCGACUCCGACGCCGCCGCCCGUGGCGCCCGCGCUUAACGCCGGCGAGCAGCAGCAGCAGCAGCCGUGGAGCCCCACCGUGUGCUACAGCACGUCGGGGUCGUCGUACCCGCCCAGCCCGGCUAGCCCCUACGCCUACCACAUCGACACGCCACACGCAGGCGCAGGCGAGGCGGACGCCAAGAGCAGCGGCGGCACGCCUACUACAGGUACAGCGCCGACGAGGAAGCUCCGGCUGUUCGGCGUCAACCUCGACUGCGGCCCGGAGCCGGAGACGGAGACGCCGACGGCGCCAAUGUACGGCUACGGAUACGUGCACCAGAGUCCCUACGCAGCAGUGCCCGCAGUUCCCAGCUACUGGGGCAGUUCAUGAGACAGACGGACGGAGGAGAUGAGAGAGAGAGAGAGAGAGAGAGAGAGAGAGAGGAAGGGGGAGGGGAGGAAGGAGAUCUGAAGCAAUGUUCUUGAGAAGCCUGAAGCCUAAAGAACCAACAACCAGCGACGAAAGAAGAAACUUAGCUACCACUACUACUACUGUUCUCUCUUCUCUGUCUGUAGUACUGAGCCACCACAGGUCUGGUGGAAUUGACCGGCGGGAUGGAAAGAAAGGGGGAGCGAAAGAGAUCGCUUGUUUCCCGGGCAAUCUUCUCCUCCUCCCGGCACCGCAGACUGGGCCACCCCCUCCCUUUUUCUCCUUCCUUCCGCAAACAAACCAACCCUACGUGCCGGACCGGGGGGGCCCCCUCUUGCAAGCCAGCAGGUAGCAGUAGCUAGAAGGUUUCAGGAAACAUCAGGUUGAAUGAAAAGGAGUGGGGUGGCUACUAGCUAGCUAGCUAGCUAGGUAGAGAUCGAGACAGGGGAGUGACGGAUGGUGACACACAUGCAUGCAUGCAUAGUAGAAAACAAACAAGAGGACAUGCUUGCAGUCAUGUAUACUGGUAGUAGUACUGUGCUGUAUGUGCGCGUCGUUUGUGGUAGGAGUAGGAGUGUAGGUGAGAUGUGCUCCUUCAAGGAACAGAGAAAUGUCCUCAUGGGGAUUUUGUUC